AGAUCUUCAUGAUGUUCCUUCAUGCAAAGUUAAAGAAACUGAAGAAGUACGAGAAGAAAGCUGAGCUGAAACAAGAAAUACUUCGUGAAAAGAAAUUGUUUGUUCUGGACAACUCAUUACGUGAGAGUACUGUUGGACAACUCAGAGGUCAUACAAUUGAAAAUAAAUGGAAGAUUUAUGAAGAGGUAAAUAUAGUGAUAAUUUAUAUUUGAUAAUUUUUGCCAAUAAUUGAUUUUGUCACGAAAUUCGAAAUUAUAAUAUAUAUACAUAUAUAUAUAUAUAUAUAUAUAUAUAUAUAUAUAUAGGAUUGUGCCUAAGAAUCUAGCUGCAGGUAAUCUGGCCAUGAUUCACUGCAGAGGCCCUUGUGUGCUUGUUUUAGACGCUGUAUUGUGUGUUCUCUAGAGUAGGAAGCCAGCCAAGUUUAAGAACAUCCUUCUCUGAGCAAAAGUGGUUCUUUUGAAGGAACCGAGGAAGGGGAUAUGCCACGGAGUCAUUAAAAUUUAAUUUUGAAAGUAUCAAACUCUGGGCCAGAUAUUUCUUGAUAUUCUGUGGUGUCGUAUUCUUUAUUCUUCGUAAAGUGGCGAGUAUUUUGUAACACGAAGAUAUGACCUGAUUUAUGUGAUAUGUCCAUUGGAGGUCUUCGCUUAUCCAUGUUCCUAACAACUUAAAAGAUCUAAUUCUGUCUAACGUUCUGUUCUUUAUAACAUUUGGUGGUACAAGGUCGUCGAGACAAUGUGUUUUGGACAUCUGGGGAGUUGUGAUAAUCAUCUGUUUGGUUUUCUUCUCAUUUAGUAGCAUGUUAUUAUUCAUUGCCCAUGUCUCAAUACUGUGCAGGCUAUCAUCCAUCAUCUGUACGCAGCCGUCCAAAUGUUUUGGGGUACUGUGGCGGUACAUUGUGGUGUCGUCGGCAUAUCGAAAACAGGUAGAGCCUUCUUGUAAACCGUCCUGCAUGUCAUUGACAUAUAGAUUAUACAAGAAGGGUCUAAACUUGAGCCUUGUGGAACGCCAAACGUCACUUUCGCUAGUUCAGAUUGUUUGUCGUUUACUUGGACAAUCUGUUUCCUUAAAGACAGGUAAUUCACAAUCCACUUCAGGGCAGCUCUGCAGGACAUACCAAUAUCGUGGAGUUUCCGUACUCCAACAGAAUAGUCAACGGUAUCAAAAGCUCUGGAAAAGUCUGCAAAUGCGAUUAGUGUCACCUCGCCCUUUUUCAUCGCUUUUACGAUAACGUCUUUAAUGCGCAAGAGUACAGUAGUUGUCGAGUGUCACUUACGACAGCUGGUGAUAUUACCGUUUAGCACGCUGUGGUGUUCGAUAUAAUGUAUCAGUUGGCUUAGGGGCCGACCAUUUAACUUUUGAGGGGGGAAGGGUGAUUUUGAAAAAAACAUUUCCUGCAAGGCUAUUCUGAACAAAAAAAAUACCUGCACUAACAAACUGGGGGGAAAAAAAUAACCUGCCCCAGUAUUUGGUGGGAAAAAGAUGUUGCAAAACAGCAUGGUUGCAUGGAUCGAUUUGACCAGUCCCAGGAGAUCAGCUGGUUUGAUUUUCAGGGACUAGUGUAAGGGCUAUUUCAUAGUCUACUAUAAAAGCACACUUUUUCCGAAGGAUAGUGAAAACUAGUCCAUAAAUAAUCUGAAUAAUUAUUAUUUAUACUAUAUAAAGGACUUCAUAUAUGACAAUCAUGUUUUACAUGAGUCUUAAAAAUGCCAAGAAAAUUCGGCCUUGUCGUUUAAUAAGCUCUCUAUAAAUAUCUCAAUCGAGACAGCUACGAAUUCGAGAAACCAAUAUUCAGGCUCUUGUCAGCAGUCCACUUAUUGAUGUAACGGAUUUCAUUGGCUGUAUUUCCCGCAAGAUCUUAAUAUAAAGAUCUAUUGAAUAAACCAAAUGUUAUACCUCAUAGCAAUCAUAAUAUUAAAAGCAAUGCAUGAAGCUAGAAAACUCAACGUUAACUAUUAUUAAAGAAUCUAAAUAGUAUAAGCUAUUGAAAAAAUAAUGCUGCGAAAGAGUGGAAAAAAUCGUACAUGAAAAAAAAACAGAAAAAAAAAACUUGCACAUAACGAUCCCAGAAAAUGCCUUCCAGCAGUAAAUCACCCCCACCCCUCAAAAGUUAAAGGUCGGCCCCUUGGAACAAGUUUUUCGUAACUUUUAGAGAGAGCUGGAAGAAUGGAAAUAGGUCGAUAGUCGUCAGGUUCGGAGGGAGAGUCGACUUAAGGAACUGGCGAAACACCAGCCACUUUCCACACCUCAGGAAAGGAACAAUUGUCAAUGAGACUGUUAAAGAUGUGUGUCAAAGGUGACGCAAUGGUCUCGGCACCGAGCUUGGGGCACCUUGCAGGGAUUUGGUCUGGACCUGUUGAGCAGUUAACUGGGAAGUUAAGAUAAAAACCAGUCAAGCUCAACUAUUAUUGAAAUCCCUUCGUUCUGAGUGACCAAGAUCAACAUGCUACUUUGAAUAUAAACUAUGCUGCAGUUAUUAUUUUCAUUUCCAACUAAAGAGCCCCUUAUUAGCACACACCAAAGAUGCAUCCCCAAGUAAACAGAAAGAACCUGUUACUGUGCAUAGAAAUAGAAUACCGAAUUCAAAAUUGCAAACACAGCAGCCCUCUAAUAUAAACACAAAGAAAAAAACUAAGCAAAUUCCUAAAAGCACUAUUCCUUGCCGUUUUCUUUCACGGCGGGGCUGGUGUAUUAAGAAACAUACAGAACUGUGAUUUUAAACAUCUACAACAUCUGCAUCCAAAUGAGCCAUCGGAUACCUAAAUACAAAAUACGUUGUCCCUUUAUACAACGGAGAGGGAUUUGUUUGAAAAGAGAUCAUUGUUACUUUUCACAUAACAUCUCAUUAUAAUAGUCAUUGAUUUGUAACCCUAGUGUCAUGUUGAUUAACAACGUAUUCAAUGUUAACAUUCAAUACUUUGUAUCACGCAUGCAUAUGUAAUGUAUAAUACAGCUUCUUGAAAUUAUAUAUAUUCGAUUAUUUUAGAUAAAAAAAGUUGGCUUUCAGGAUAUCAUUGUAACAUCGUUUUCCCAUAUGACCCGUGUGGAGAUACAUUUAUCCGUCAACUGGCAGAAAAAGGAGAAGAUUUUAGCAAAUUUUACGCUUUUACAGAGUUUAUUGAAUCAAUUGACAGUCGAACCAAAAUUCCUGACACAGAUACCAUUCCUGUUGGCUUGAUGAAAAUGAAAGAGUUGGGCAUUCGAAAUCCGAUCAUUGAAGCUGAUUUGUUUUAUCCCAACAUCGACUACAAAAUAUUCAACGUGAAAAGAAUUACCAAACUUUUCUCACAAAGAAUGCAAUGGAUACGAGAAAAUCUUUCAAGAGAUGCCAAAAUCUUUAUCAACCUUCGUGAUAUUGCUGACGCCAUAAUCAACGAACCAAAGCGUGUGUUUAAAGUUGUUGAAUAUCUUUCAUCGUUGCCAGCAGAUCAACGUCCUUUUGGUUUGAUAUUUGAAGAACCAACAGGAAACUACUUGCCAGAUCAACUUGGUGCUUGGACAGCCGCAGUACGUCAAGAAAUGGACAAAUGUGGUUUUCAAGAUGGUCAUUUGUUAGCUCAUAUUCAUGAGAAGUGGGGAUUGGCUCAAAUGUGCCAGUUGGAAUGUCUUAUCAACGGAGCAACCGGUAUUUGGUGCAGCGUAUGUGAAGAAGGAGCAGCCUUAGGUCAUGCAUGUUCUAGUGUGACCUUAUUAAAUAUGAUACGUUUGGGAAAUGAACAUGUCUUUAAACAAUACAACUGUGUUGAACUACGCAUAGCUGCUCAAGAAGUGACAAGAAUAACAACCGGUCAGGAACCACAUCCUAAACAACCUGUGUAUGGUGAACGAGCACUGGAUAUUGUUAUGGAUGGUACCAUGGGUUCAAAUCCUGAGGAUGAAGGUUUCUGUAUGGCAACAUUCUUUGGACAAGAACCGCUGAUGAGAAUGACAACAUUAGCAACACCAAGAAUGGUUGUAGAGAGACUAAAAACAUUGUUUGGCGAAAAUACUCAGUUUACACAAGAACGAGCUCAAAGAAUGCUUCAAGUCAUGUUAGAAGAUCUACAUGAAAAUAGAAAAGAGGAAUACAUGAGUAAAGUUGGUCUCGCUAUCUUAUUUGAUCGAUCUGGUGGCAAGCUUACCGAAGCAAUGGCUAAGGCGGUUGAAGAUGAAAAGCCUGAAACACUUCAUGGUGAAAAGCUGAUCGCACAAAUACGGGAAUUGUGGGACGUUUGGGAUUUACGAGAUGGUGUGAAAGAUGACCAAUUAGAAUUUGAUGCGUUUUAUAACGGCUUCAUGGCGCCGUACUUUGGCUGCUAUAGAUGUGAUACAACCAGACGUGCCUUGAAAGCAAUUGAUAUGGAUGAAGAUGGCCAAGUGGACUGGAACGAGUUUUCGUUGUAUCUAAAAUGGGCCAUUCGUGAAUAUCCAGAAACAAAAGAUGCAGAGGAAUUGCUUUCUAUCGCUUUCCGUAAGGGCCUUAUUCCAGCCAUGCAAGACGAAAUAUUGAAAUAGAGCUAUCAAGAAACUUAGAACACUAUUUCCAAAGUGAAAUUUGCACCUCAAAGUUAACAUUUACUUAAUCUGAAAAGAACAAUGACGGCAAGGUGGAAUUUUUAGGUUGUAACGGAAUAUAUAUCUGGAUGGCCAGUCAAUAUGGCGCCCUGUUCUUGAUUUUCUAUAUAUUCAUAAUUGACGUCAUUAAUUAUAUAGUUUACCGCGUUUCUCUACAAUUCUACAGGCUUUAU